AUGACAACUGUUAGAGUCCUAGUUACAGUAGCUGUUAAGAAGGGAUGGGACAUAUUCCAAUUAGAUGUGAACAAUGCCUUUCUCCAUGGGGACUUACAUGAGGAAGUCUAUAUGGAGGCCCCUCCUAGUCUUGUAGUAGAUCAGUGCAGUUCAAGUAGAGUGGUGUGCAGACUGAACAAGUCACUGUAUGGACUCAAGCAUGCCAGCAGACAAUGGUAUGCCAAAUUGACUAAAGCAUUGUCUUCAAAAGGGUACCAGCAUUCUGAAAAUGAUCACUUACUCUUCUGCCAGAAAACUCCUUCCUCCAUCAUUUUUGUGGCUGUCUAUGUUGAUGAUGUUAUAAUUACUGGAACUGAUUCAGGGGAGAUUGCAGGUUUGAAAGCUUUCCUGGAUCAAAUGUUCAAAAUAAAGGAUCUAGGUAGACUUCACUAUUUUUUGGGACUAGAAGUCUUGUAUAAACCAGAUGACAUUCCUAUCUCUCAAAGAAAGUUUGCCUUGGAUUUGUUGAAAGAAUAUCAGUGUUUUGACUACAGCAGUGUUUCUUUACCCCUUGACCCUGCCAUAAAGUUGAAAGCACAAGAAGGCAAUCUCCUACCAGACCCUACAUACUACAGGAAGUUAGUGGGAAAGCUCAACUUUCUCACUAAUACUAGGUUGGAUAUAACUUAUAGUGUGCAACUCCUAAGUCAGUUUAUGCAAGCUCCACGAGACACCCACUUGACAGCAGCAUUUCACCUUCUCAGAUACCUUAAGAAGGAUCCUACCCUGGGUGUUUUCUUCUCCAAUAAUCUUGACUGCUCAAUCAAGGCCUUUUGUGACUCAGACUGGGCAGCCUGCCCAGACUCUAGGAGGUCUGUCACUGGGUAUAUUAUUUUGGUGGGAGAUAGCCCUACUAGCUGGAAGUCCAAGAAGCAGGAGACUGUUUCCUUUUCCUCGGCUGAAGCAGAAUAUAGAUCUCUCAGGAAAGUAGUUGGGGAACUGGUCUGGUUGAGCAGGUUAUUUGCAGAACUUACUGUUGUCCAGUCAAGUCCUAUCCAGGUGUUUUGUGAUAGUCAAUCUGCUAUACACAUUGCUCAUAAUCCAGUGUUUCACGAGAGGACCAAGCACAUUGAAGUUGAUUGCUAUUUUGUUAGGCACAAACUGCAAGAAGGCCUAAUCUCUCUUCAUCGUGUAUCCACUCACAAUCAGUUGGCUGAUAUCCUCAUAAAGGCUCUCACAGGGGUCAAACACUCAGCUGUCCUAGGCAAGUUGGCUGUGAGGGCCUCACCUCCAACUUGA